AUGACCAAAGGCAUGAAAACAAGCCCUCGCAUAAAUAUUGACCAUAUUCGUUCACUAUCAAAUGGGAGGCAGACUAACCACAGUUCGAAGACAGACGAGGUCGAAGUGAGACAACGUAUUAAUAUUGGUGCUGAUAAAGGAACACCGAUGGAUAUUGAUCAAAGAGUGUCUCUCCCCCAGGAAUCACACCAAAAUUUUAUCGUUGUAAGUCAAAAUCUGUCUGGAAUACCAGUACCGGGAUUGGGUACGAUAACCAUCCAACAGAUAGUAAAGUUUCCGACUAACAACUUAGCUUACGGCCCAAGACACCAUGAUAUGGCCCCUCAGCCUGAGCGUCUUCAUAAUCGUAUCCCUUCUGAUUUAACGGGGAGCAGUGAGGGACGUAUAAGUCGAACCGCAACCGAUGAGAGUGACAAAGGUGCGGCUCUAAGCUCGGAGAAAGAAUUCAAAAGCAAAUAUAAGUUCGGGUUUGACGAAUUUUCGAUUAAUCCUUUCGAUAAACCAGAUGUUGCAUCGGCUACCGAACAAACGUUGUCAGAAAGGGACCAGGAAAAGUUUGAAAGGUGGCUUAAAACAUCUCCUUAUCGUAUUUGGGUUACCAAAUACGCUGCACCUGAACCCCACGCCAUCUGUAAGUAUGGUGACUGCGGACAUGUUUUUACAUUCAAAGGCAAUUCAACCUCCUCCAAUAUCAUCGUACACCUCAGAAGAAAUCAUAGGCAUGAUUUUGAGCUAUUUGACAGGAAGCUGAAAGGGAUUCAACUUCAGCUUAGUGACUUUAAUGAGUCUCUCUCAAUAAAUGAGAAGCCAUUCGGGUUCAGACUCGAGCUGAUAAACUUCUUGUGCGCAAAUGAGCUCAUAAUAAACCAAUUGAAUCUGUUCAUUGAGGCCUUUAUUCCUUUCAGUACAGCCGAAGCUCCUGCCUUUAGGAAACUUCUGAACUGUCCUGGCGCCAGAGGCCAUGAUUACAUUUCCUCGAGGAAGAGAUUAAUAUCCAUGAUGGAGAAAUAUGAGGAACAAUUUAAUCUUCAGAUGAGAGAUACUCUGGGAAAGUCUUUAAAUUUCAAUGUUCUUCUAUACAUGUGGACUUCCUCGAAUCAAAAGAGCUAUCUGGCCAUUCUUGUUUCGUUCUGCCCUAAUCUACGCAGAGGCAGAGACAGACUGACUGUGCGAAAUGUGACAACCGAGGGAACUCCAAGUGUUCACAUUAUUGACUUUGUGGAUUUAAGCGAAGAAAGCCAUACAGGCAGUAAUUUGAAGGAGGUUUUACUGAGAUCCUUAGGAAAAUUCUCGAUUGGAAGCAAAAUCAGCAGUGUUACUGUUGACAGUGGUUCCAACAACAUCUCCAUGCUUAGCGAGCUGGAUAAUGACAUUAAAGGCGGGCCAGGAGUUAAUAAGGAGGGAGGAUUGGUAAAAGUAAGGUGCAUGAAUCAUCUACUAAACCGAGUUUUCCAAGACGUAAUGGCUGGAUUUGAGAAAUCUGAGAGCUCUUUAUUAUCCAGAAUAGAUCGAUUAGCUGUUAUCUUGAAGAGAAAUGUCUUCAUCAGAAAUAAGAUGAGGGAGUUUACUCCGAAAACCAUCCCAAGGUAUAAUUGUACUCAGUUUGUAUCCCGUUAUAGGCAGCUUUCCUUGUUUUUGAAGCUGAGAGGACCUCUGCAGGAUUUUUACUUUGAGAAUCAGUUGGACAGGAGAUUCCAGCUCACACCGGAUGAUAUGUUCUUAUUCUGCUACGAGCCGUCUAAAAUAGAUGUUCUCAAGAUAUUCCUUCGUCUUACUCGAGUAUUCGAUGAGUACACAAUGCUGCUACAGGAUGAAAUGCUCAAUAAUCUACCAAAUGGCAUUGAAUACUAUCUUCAAAUUGACGGUUUUUUCAAAUCAUGCAAAGAAGUAAAGAAUGGCUCAACUGACAACGAUCACUUACGAAUUUUAGGUCUUAAGAAGAGGCAUCUAUCUUCCGUGGAACCAAGCGUACUAACCAAUCUACUUUCAAUCGUCGAAGACGCAUAUCCGAAGUUUAAGAAAUACAUGAACCUUGCUCUUACCGAACCAGGAUAUUGGGUAGCGCAUCUUUUGCAACCAUUUUGCAAAACUGCGAUGCUCAAGAGUGCUUUCGAAGAGGACUUUCAGCAACAGAUUCUGGACCUUUCUAGGAGAUAUGUGGACUCUUAUCUUUCUAACUUCAAGAAUAGAGUAAAAGAAAACAGGAACCAUCAGGUACCGGGAGGUUCAAUCGGUCCUACCCUAGAUCCACGCAGCAGGAGCUAUAAGGUUUGCAAGCAACUGCGUAGACAUAGACGCAAGUAUGUUAAUGCUAUAAACUCCAAAAAUGAAUGGGAGUGUUACCUGGAAGAACCGAUUCAAACUGACAUUAGUUACCUCGAUUAUUGGAUCGCAAAUCAAGAUAGAUAUCCAGGUUUGUUUGAAUUGGCUCUAUCUUUCUAUUAUACAAAGCUAUCAUCGGCUCAUGUAGAAAGAUUUUUUUCCAUCAGCAAGACAGCACUGGAGAAUAGGUUCUCAUUGUCAAGUACGAAUCUGAAACGCACAAUGGUUCUGCGUAACCGACUCAAGUGUUUUGGAAUGGGUCAUGGUUUACAGAAAAUUAGCGAUAUUCCGCUAGAGCAGUGGAUUCAGGAUGAAGAAACUGAGACAGAAAUAACUGAUUUAUAUCCAACGGGAGCUGAAGAUUCACCAUUAUACAUUCCAAUUUACUCAGACAGCGACUCCAGUGAGGAAGAGGAAUGA